UCUGCAGGCAGAGCAAGCCAGAGAGGGUCCACGCAUCCUUCCUUCCAUCCGUCCGUCCGUCAGUCCAUCCGUCCUCUGGGUCCAAAAGUUAUGAAGAUGAAAAGCCCGAAAUGGGGAGGCAAAGAGGACAAGAAGCUGCUGAAGCCCUUGAUGGAGAAAAGGCGGAGGGACCGCAUGAACCAGAGCCUGGACCGGCUGCGAGUCCUGCUCUUUGAGGCCACGCAGGACGAGAGACUGAAGAACCCCAAAGUCGAGAAAGCAGAAAUUUUGCAAAAGACAGUCCAGUUUUUGAAGACCCAGCCUCUAUCAGAGACAAAGCUCAAAGAGGAUGCCCUGUUCCAGAAGUACCACAGUGGCUACCGGGAGUGCCUCACCCAGGCGAGCCACUUCCUCCGAGCCAGCCCGGGCGUCUGCACGGGCAAAAAGGCCUACCUGAUGGAGCACAUUUGUCACUGCAUGGAAAAGAUCACUGCCAGCCCCCGGAGAGAGAUGCACCAGCCUCCGCCCGCAGCUGCCAACCCCAGAUACGAGCGGUACAGCCCAGAUGUGUUUGCUGGGUGCAGCCCGCCCCUUGGGGGUGCUGCGUAUGUCCUGCACCCAACCCCUGCCAGUUACUCUGCCAAUCAAGGACACCAAGCCCGGGGCUCUGGCCCGGCCCAGCAAGACGGCUGCGGCCGAUCGCAACAGAACAAACUCUCGGAAGCGCGAAACUCCACGGUACAGACUCCGCAGGCGCUGAACGUGUGGAGACCGUGGCCUUGAAGGAACCCUUCCUUGCAAUCCCCUUUAAAAUAGUAUAUUGAGAUUCUCUAUAUAUUGUAUAUUAUGGGUUUUUUAAAUCAAGCCAAAGCGUUGGCCUGUUUGUUAUUUUUUUUGAAGGCGGUGGUAGAAGUGGAGGAAGUUCCUGGUUUUUUUCUUGUACAUAUUAGCCAAAGAGUUGAUUUUUUAAAAAAAUCUCCCCUUGACAUCUUGCAGUGCGGGCCAGUCAAAUGAACCUAGACUUUAAACACAGAACCCUGAAGCAAGGAGAACCGACAAUGUGUAUGUGUGUGUAUAUAUGUGUGUGUUUGUGUGUGCGUGCGUGCGUGAGAAUGUGUGUGUUAGGGUUGCCAUCUUUCACAGGGAGCCUGGGGAACUCCCGGAAUUACAACAGAUUUUCAGACAGAAGAAAUGGAAACUUUGGAGGGUCAAUUGUAUGGCAUUAUAUCCUGCUAAAGUCUCCCCCCAAACCCCACCCACUCCCGGCUCCCAAAUCUCCAGGGAUCUUGCAGCCUGAAAUUGGCAGCCCUGAUAAUGUAUAGUAAGAAAUAAGCGAGGGGGUUUGUUUGUUUUCCUUGUGAUAUCUUUUUUUCCUUCCAAAUUUGUGUAUAUUUUCUAGAGUGGGGGCUGUUUUGGAAAAGCAACAUGCCGUGGAUCCUGGCUCGCUUUGAAAUAAGCGAUGGAUAGGUUGAAAAAGAGACUAUAAAAAGACUUUUUGAAAAAAAAUAUGCAUUGUAGGAGUGGCUGACACCCGACUCAGUCCUGCGUUUGUUCAGACAUGGGUGCUAGAUGGCGGCAAACAUCAAGUGCAUGUGUGAAUGGCCCUUACAUACUGUCCAAAGCAAGUGCAGUAUGUAACUUUCUGUUCAUGCUUCUCAAGUAGAAGGAAACCGAAUGGUGUGGGAACUGGGUGGACAUAAGGGGUUGCUAAACAGGAUCCUUUCAUAGUUUGGUCCUGUGGGUGAUGAUAGUUUCUGCUCACAUGGGAUGAAUAAUCCUACCAUUGCAAGGGAGUGUGCAUUUUGCUAACGUGUGCAUGGAUGGCAACUAACUGUGAGCCUUCUCUGCCAUCUUAUGGCUUGCCCCAUGUGCCAAUCUGUGCAGUUACAGUACUGAGGGUUUGCAUGGGUGGACAUCAUUCCAGACCACUUGCAAAAGCUAGGUAACUUUAUAAUUUACAGUCCUAAAAGGACUGCAAUCUGAUCUUCCUUUGCAGGGGGUGGGGGUUAGUCCCUUGUAAGAAAACCACAGCUGAGACUCCUAAGGUGCCAGAGAGAGAAAAAGAGAGACAUGCCCAGAAGAUCAGGUAGAAAGCAAUUGAUAGCCUCAGAUAGCCAGUGAUGGAAAAUAAUAAUAAAUAAAGCCUUCGACCAAUAAUAAUUAUGUUUGUCAAAAAAAAUUUGCAGUAAUAAACAGGAAUUAAAAAAAAAAGAA